AUGCCUAGGUAUUUGAGGAAAAGGAGCCACCCCCACCCCACUGGGCCAACAGGCCCAGCUGGCCACCAGGCCGCCCGACCGGCCCACCCCACUGCCUUAACCCCCCCACUCCCCCGAAACCCUAACCCCCCACUUCUCCCCCAUCCCCCACUCUCUCCUCGCGCCCCCUCCUCUCGGCCCCGAUCUGGAUCGGGGGCAGGCGACCCCGUCGCCCCGCUUCUACCUCACCGGCGUCGCCUCCUCGACCUCCUCUCCGCCGGAAACGGCCCGAGCCCGGAGCCGCUCGACCCCAACGCCGGCACCUCCCCCGAAAGACGCCGCCCCGUGCUCGGCUUCCUCAGCCCCGCCGUCGCCGACCACCGUCGUCGCCCGGAGCCCCACUCCUCGCCGGACAUCCCCGACCGCCUCCCCGCCAUCCUCUCCGCCGCUCGUCCCCGUCCUCCUCCUCAACCCUCACUGCCCCGUUCCCUACGAAUCGUGAUGCUGGAGCCCAGGAGCUUGACGCCACCGUUGAUGAUGACUCCUACUACACCGGAGGUGCCUACUACUACAUGCCUGACGACGACCAGGAGUAGUUAGGAGGAUCCCAGGCAGGAGG